GGGUGUUGAUCAGCACGAAUCACGAAGCUGCACCCCUGCCCCUCAGUCGUAAAGCCCCACCGACCUCGAGGAGGCCGCCCAUAUCCCUUGUGGAAUGAUUAAAACCCUAACGGCCCUGGGAGUUCCCUUCCUUUCUUCGCCGAACCGAAAGCGGAGCAUCGAAUCGAAGCCACAACGGACUCACAGGACGCUGGAUGGUUUAAUCGUUGAUUUGUUCCAUAUGGUGGUCAUCUUGUUCAAACACUGGGGAGUAAUAUGAUAAGAAGGAUGACUUGAUUACAUGGAGCGUCAGUAAUCUCAUUUUUCAACUGGAAUAGAUGAAAUGGUGAAGAUGGUGUUCACGCAGCAGUGCGCGAGUGACAUUUGUUGCUCUUAUGGAUCAUCAUUCCCAUUUCGCUCAAUCCAUGCGUAUGGUUCUCAGGCAUGUUCAUCUACGGCGCUCUCUGUGGUUCAUGUGGAUUACUCGAAGAAGCUCAAGCUUAAGCAUGACAUACAGCUUGAUAGUUCUGCAGCUCUCCGAGUUGGCCCUGCGGAUACGGUUGAUGGAAGCAACUAUAAUUCAGAAAAGGUAACACCAGUCAAUUAUGCUAAACCCCUGCGAUUAUCAACUUCCAAUGCAAGUGGCUCGACCCUUGAUGGGUAUCAUGUGGAGCAUGAUGAGACCUCCAAUAAUGAUGUCCUUUGUAAUCUCUGUGAGAAUGGAAAACUCAUGGAAGCCUGCAAUUUGGUUGAUGUUAUGGCUCGGUUAAGUCAGGUACCAGAUCUCCAAUCAUGCGUAAACCUGAUUCGUGGUUUGAUCAAUGUUGAUAGGAUUGAGAAGGCCGUUCGUGUUCUUCAGGUGAUGAUUUUAUCUGGUGGGGUUCCAGACAUAAUCACGUAUAACAAAUUAAUCGGUGGUCUCUGCAGGAGAGGUCAGCUGAAUUCUGCAAUCAAACUAGUUGAAGAUAUGGGUUUCUGUGGUUGCCCUCCAGACGUGAUUACAUUUAACACUUUAUUUAGGUCCAUGUUUGAGCAUGGUAAGUAUGAUGAGGCAAUCUGGUUUUGGAAAGAUCAGUUAAGGAAAGGUUAUCCGCCAUAUCUCAUUUCUUACACAAUUCUUCUCGAACUCGUGUGCAAAUACUGUGGUAUUCGGCGAGCCAUGAAUGCUAUGGAAGAUUUGGCCUUUGACGGAUGCCAUCCUGACCUUGUGACCUUUAAUUCUCUUAUCAAUUUGAUAUGCAAAAGGGGUAAAUUUGAGGAUGUGGCAAUGGUUGUAGGUGGCCUUAUGUCACAUGGUCUGGAGCCCAAUGCAGUCACCUAUAACACCUUACUUCACUCAUUCUGUAUUAAGGGAAAGUGGGCUGAAGCUGAUGAUAUGCUUUUUAUCAUGAAGGAAGCUUCAUACCCUCCAACUGUGGUUACAUACAAUAUCUUAAUCAACAGCUUGUGCAAAUACCAGAUUCUCGAUCGGGCAAUUGAUGUCUUGCAUAAAAUGUUAAAUGAGGGAUGCUCCCCAGAUAUAGUCACUUACAACACCCUUCUUGCAGCAAUGUGUAAAGUGGACAUGAUAGAAGAGGCUCUAAAGAUACUUCAUAGUCUUAGGGAUAAUGGAUAUUCUCUGGUUGUCAUAUCAUAUAACACCUUGAUAGAUGGAUUAGCAAAGAAGGGUGAGAUAAAGAAAGCAAUGGUUUUGUUUGAUGAGAUGGUCAAUGAUGGUAUUACUCCUGAUGAUAUCACUUAUGGUUCUCUAGUUAUGGGAUUUUGCAAGCAAGGCAUGGUGCAUGAAGCAGUAGAGAUGCUACAAGAGAUGGUUAAGAUCAACUGCAGGAUUAGAGGCAGCACUUUUACCCUUGUGAUACAGGCACUAUGCAGAAAUGGAAAGCUAGAUACUGCUAUUGAGAUUGUAAGUAUAAUGGUAUCAAGAUAUAGUAAACCCAGUAAAGCAGGAUACACAUCACUAGUUAGAGCAGUUGCAGCCUCUGGAAUGACUGAGGCAGCUACCAAACUGCGCAAGGUGUUUAUCGAGCACAAGAUCCUUAAAGAGGACUCUUAGAUUGUUCAGUUUAGAAACUGCGGAUAUGCUGAUAUGAAUGCAGACCCUUUGAACAUGUGUUUGGCAUCAGUGUUUUGGAUGGUUAUUUAUCUUCUUUUCUAAGAGAAUGAUCUCCACUUGUCUGACUAGAUGCCUUGGCUUGCAACAUAGCAAACUUAUCAGCAGUAACAUCUUUGCUAAUAAUAGUUGUCUAGAGGAUCUCAGUUCAACACACAAUAAUCUGUACUUCUUAACCCAGAUGCAUAUCUCAAAAAUAUAUAUUUAAACACCUAAGUUCUAGCUUCACAGAAUGAUCUUUUGCAUAUCUCAAAACUUCACAUGCUCUUCGGGAGAAUGAUCUCCACUUAUUUGGCUAGACGCCUUGGCAUGCAAAAUAGCAGACUUAUUUAACAUUAACAUCUUAUGAUAUUAGUCUAGAAGAUCUCUGUUCAACACAAUAAUCUGUACCUCUUAUGCCAUGUGCAUUACUCAAAAAUAUACAUUUAAAAACAUGAGCAUAAGGCAACCAAAUGUUUUCAAGUGGGAGUCUCAGUAGGGUUCCAGAACAUACCUCCUCUGGAGUGUUAUAAUCAAUGGCACUAGAUGGUGAUCUACUGACCAAAUAGCAUGCUGUAAUCACAGAUUUUAUGGAAUCUCCAGUAUUAAAGAGCAUACUGACCAAAUAGCAUUCUGUAAUCACAAAUUUAAAAACAGUAGCAUGCUGUAUUGUUUCAACAUGAGUAUUUAGGUAUUAUCAACUAUAAAUAAAUAUUUUAAUAUUUUAAAUUUGAUUAAUGAUAUUAUUUUAUAUAAUAUUCAUAUUGUCGAUCUAAAAUAGUUGGAACAUUAUCAAGCGAUCCCAAAUAUCAAUUAAUUUUUGGUAAAAGUUCAUACUAGUAAGAGAACAAUAGAAGAAGCCACAUAUAUAUAUCUUAAAUUUUACUAUCAAUAAUCAAGGUUCUAUGAGUUUAGUUAGUUGACGCUUUUAAAAAUUUGUUCGAUAAGAUCUUGAAUUCUCAAUCCUUAAUAAAAGGAGCCCGGUGUAUCAAAAUCCGGUUAUAUUUAGAUAUAAGAAUAAUAUUUUUAAUAAAAUAAAUAAAUAAUCAAAAUGAUAUUUCAUCAUAAGAUCUUCCUACCAUCCUAGAAUAAAUAAUGAAUAGUGUCUUCUGAAGCCAAGAACAGAGUGCAGACAAUGGCAUCAUGCAAAGAAUCAUAGAUUAGUUGGCUUUGUUCACAACAUACAAUUCCCUUGUGGUGUUUCCUAUCUCAUAACACUCAACAUUAACAUUGUUUCUCGGCCUCAACCAAACCAACAGCGAUGCAGCAGCUUCUUUGGUCACUGCACCCUGUAGUCCUCCUCCGCCGCCUCUGACGACGGCUUGGUGUUGCUCUCCUCACCUGCGGGCGGCGCCGACGUUGGGGCCUUCGACUUGGAGCUCUUCACCGAGCCCCCGGUGCUCGAAGAGCCCUUGUUUUUCUUCCGGUGUGACUGCUUGGGGAUGGCUGGCAUGUCUUGCCCCGGUGAGUCCGACGGCCCGGCCGCUUCCUUCUUGCGUGGCUUCCGGCUGCGCCGCGGCGCUUCGGCGGAGUCGCCCGACAUGCUUCCAUCCGAUUGGUGCCGUCUUGAAUGCUUGGGUUUGGUGGACGCAGGGAGCAAGUCGGGGGAGUCGGGAGAUGGCUCGACUGCAGAAGAGCUGGGCUUUGAGCGCCCCGCCGCUUGUCGAACUGAUGAGUCUUCCAUCCCUCCGCUUGCAAACUCUGCAGCAGCAAUUGCAAGGUAUCAUCACAUAACCCAAACCACAAAGUGAGAUGUGUAGCCUGCACUGAUGCAUGUUUUGGUGAACUACUGCUGAACUCUGCAUCAGCUACACAAAUUCCCAGCAGUAGUUGAAGCAGAAAUAGUUGGGUUGCAAUUAACUUUGUGAUGCCAAAUUCCUUUUUUGUAUCAAUAGAAUCUGCAUAAAAUGUAAUUCAGCUUCUGUUAUUUAUAGUAAUGCAGAACAGGAUAGUCUGAUUCCUAGA